CCCCGAGGCUGAAACUCUGCGGCAGCCACCUGGCUGCAGGUCCGCCGCGACGUGCUCAGCGGUCGUCCGACUGGAGUGAGCGUCCCCUCGGGGAUGCACGGGGAAGGUACUGUCGCGGCUGAAGCCUCCAGGGGCUGCAGGACGGCAGCCCCGGGGGCCCUCUGACUCUGCACCCGAAGAGUUCCAUCAUCGAGUGCCCACUCUCAGCCCCUACUGGAACCAGGCCACCCGGCUGAAGGAGGGGAUGGCUUAGGAGCCCCUGGCCCCGCAGCCCGGCGUCGUCGGCUCCCGGACGUCGCGGCAGAGGACCGCGCGGAAAGUGCCGCGGAAGGAACACUCAGCGAAGAGGUCCCGGCUUCGGCACCACUGGGACCGGGGGCUCCCCGGCCCCGACUUCCCGGGGACCGCUCUGCGCCUUCUGGAGACGCGCCGCCCGCGCCCAGGGUGGUGCCAUGUGGGGCGGACGCCGCUCGUCCGCCGCCUCCUCUCGGAACGCCGCUUCCCUCCUGCAGCUGCUGCUGGCCGCGCUGCUGGCGGCGGGGGCGCUGGCCAGCGGCGAGUACUGCCACGGCUGGCUGGACGCGCAGGGCGUCUGGCGCAUCGGCUUCCAGUGCCCCGAGCGCUUCGACGGCGGCGACGCCACCAUCUGCUGCGGCAGCUGCGCGUUGCGCUACUGCUGCUCCAGCGCUGAGGCGCGCCUGGACCAGGGCGGCUGCGACAACGACCGCCAGCAGGGCGCCGGCGAGCCUGGCCGGGCGGACAAAGACGGCCCAGACGGCUCGGCAGUCCCCAUCUACGUGCCAUUCCUCAUCGUCGGGUCCGUGUUUGUCGCCUUCAUCAUCUUGGGAUCCCUCGUGGCAGCCUGUUGCUGCAGAUGUCUGCGGCCUAAGCAGGAGCCCCAGCAGAGCCGGGCCCCGGGAGGGAACCGCUUGAUGGAGACCAUCCCCAUGAUCCCCAGCGCCAGUACUUCCCGAGGGUCGUCCUCCCGCCAGUCCAGCACAGCGGCCAGCUCCAGCUCCAGUGCCAACUCAGGGGCCCGCGCGCCCCCAACGAGGUCACAGACCAACUGUUGCUUGCCCGAGGGGACCAUGAACAACGUGUAUGUCAACAUGCCUACGAAUUUCUCUGUGCUGAACUGUCAGCAGGCCACCCAGAUUGUGCCACAUCAAGGGCAGUACCUGCACCCCCCAUAUGUGGGGUACGCGGUGCAGCACGACUCUGUGCCCAUGACUCCUGUGCCACCUUUCAUGGAUGGCCUGCAGACGGGCUACAGGCAGAUCCAGGCCCCCUUCCCCCACACAAGCAGCGAACAGAAGAUGUACCCGGCCGUGACCGUGUAAUGUGAGAUGCGGCGGGUUCCUGUACGAGAUGGAGGAAGACUGGAGAGCUGUGGCCUUGGGAAGGAUUCCCAAGUGGAAGUCCUCGCAUGUCGGUGAUGUUUAUGGCACGGUUCUUUUGGAUGGCUUCAUUUGCCCCCCAGCUGUAUGAAAACGUCUCUCUCUGAAUUAGCGUUUCUGGAUAUGUUUCACCCCAGUGCAUGAUUGAUUUAUGAUGGAAAAGCGCAUCACCUGGAGAUGCCUGCAUUGUUGCCAAUGGUUGUGUGACAAAUGCUUGAGCCCUUAAGUGCCCUUGAGGUAUGGCUGUCAGAAGAAUUUUGUAAAAGGAUAGAUUAAGGGUUUUUAUUCUAUCAUUAUUAUUAUUAUUUCUUUUUUGCUUUUUACUGUACCAGAUCAGAAUACCUGUUCCCUCCCUUUUACCUGGGUAAGUUUUUUAUAAGCAUCCAAGGGGAAGACAUAAAGAACACAAUUAUGAAAGGAAAUCCAAUUUGAACUCUGUGAGAUUGGUCACUGAUCUCAGUGUUUCACAGGCACAUCUUAAUUUCAUUGU